GAUGAUCUGUUAACUCGUGCUGAUUUGAUUUUGGAAGAAACCGUGAAUUUAAAAGAUCCCAUCUUUCAAGAAAAUGAUUUUAUACCAUGUAAAGCUUCAACUAAUGCCUCAAGUGAUACAAGCGAUAAUACUGUUGAAAGCAGCGUUGAUAUGGAUUUUGAUCUGGAAAGUCUU